AACCACAUCUUAAUCUUGGAGCAGGAGGCGGCACACAAGCUGAACAAACAGCCGCCAUCAUGAUAGGAUAUGAAAAAGCCAUCAAAACAUGGAAACCUGAACUUUGUAUCGUAGUAGGCGAUGUCACAUCUACCAUGGCUUGUGCAAUUGUAGCCAAAAAGGAAUGGGUCAAAGUAGCCCAUGUAGAAGGCGGCAUAAGCACCAAUGAAAGACCAAAACAGUUUCUAGAUAUCCUGGGUGUAGGGAAGUCUCUCAUUAGGAUGACUUUCGAGCGUGCAAUGAAAUUAGUACCUGCUGAUCAUGUAUUCAUUGUCACCAAUAAGAAGUACAAGGCUUUGGUCAUGGAGCAUCUUCCAGAAUUGCCACAAGAGAAUAUCCUUUGCGAACCGAGCAUGAAUAAUACGGCACCUUGUAUCGCAUAUACCGCAUUGCGCAUCAACGCCUUAGAUCCAAAUGCAGUUUUUGCUGUUCUGCCAUCAGACCACGUCAUCCUGAAGGAAGAAGAAUAUGUCAGCAAACUAAGUCAAGCAUUUGAUUUUGCCACUUCACAUGAAGCGAUUGUAACCUUAGGUAUUCAGCCUACUAGACCGGAUACUGGUUAUGGUUACAUCAAUUACCAAAAGGAAACCAUUGGAAAUGAGCAAAUACACAAAGUCAUUUCAUUUAAGGAGAAACCUGAUUUGGCGACAGCUGAGACAUAUUUGGAGUCAGGUGAUUAUCUAUGGAAUGCGGAUGCAAAAGACAUCAUUGUGAUAUCCAAUAACCACAAACAAAUCGUAAUCAAAGGACUCAAAGACUAUAUCGUGGUAGAUGAAGAGAAUGCCCUACUAAUCUACCCAAAAUCUGACGAACAAGAGAUCAAAGGUGUAGUUCAGAAACUUUUGUAUGAUAAAGGUAUCCGCGAGUUUGUUGAGUCAGCUCGACAGAUAAAAGCAAUCCGACAAGAUGUAGAAUUUUGGGUCGUUGGUGAGUUGGAUGCAGAAAAUCCUGCUACGAUAGACAAAGACGACUUAGUACGAUGGGUAGAUGAAGAUGUAGUGUAUUAUCAUGGAUUUAUUAAGGAUGUGAGAAGUAUUAUUGCUCAGUCUGACUGCAUUGUGUUACCUUCAUACAGAGAGGGAUUGCCGAGAAUCGUAAUAGAAGGUAUGUCCAUGGCAAAACCCGUCAUCACGACGUUGACUGCUGGUUGUGCUGAGACUGUAGAUGAAGGGAUCAAUGGAUAUCUUGUAAAUAUAAAAGACAUCAAAGGUUUGACUACUGCAUUUAAUGAAUUUCUUUCUUUGACACAUGACAGACAAGUAGAAAUGGGACUCGCAGGAAGGGCAAAAGCCAUCAAUGAAUUUGAUGACAAACGGAUAGCAUUGGAGAUCUUUAAUCUGGUGGAA